AUGUCGGCCUCGUCGCGCAGCCAGAGCUCCUCCCCCGAUAUCCUGGGUCCUCCAGGCGAUGCCCAAUACUUGAUCUCAUCGCCGAUUAAACCCUUCGCGGGGCGCCAAAGCUGGAUGUCUCCUAUGAUAGCGAAAUCACGAACUCCGGCCAAGCGACCGCGACCGCGUGUCAGCCUCAGUCCCGCGAAAAGCGCGCAUUCGAUUCAAUUCAACGAUGUCAUACUCCCCGGGUCGCCGACAAUGAAGUUCAAUGGUGGUCGACAGAGGUCGCUCUCUCCGGAGAAGCUUCAGGAGGGAAAUGUCAGCCCAUGGCGCAUCCGACUCACGCUCGAAGCGACACAAGAUGAAGAUGACGAGAACUGGGGUAGCCCGUCGCGCAAACGAUUAAAACCCUCAACCACGACAACCAUGAUACCAUUGAAGGAUGAGAGGAGUCCAUUGAAGGAGAAGACGCCCUUAAAGCGGCGAGGGCGUCCACGAAAGUCUGACAUAAAUCUGUCCCCGUUUCUCGCGGGCGCUGGGCAGACCCCUCGCCCUGGACAUACACCUGGACCGGGUCAUACGCCUGGGCCAGGGCAUACUCCCGGGCCGGGGCAUACUCCUGGGCCGGGGCACACUCCUGGGCCGGGCCAUACUCCUGGGCUACGAGUUGGUGACUCUCAACCACGCAAAAGAGGCCGACCACGGGGCACGCCCAAACCCAAACCACAGGAUCUCGAACUGCUGGAUGAGCAACCAACGCCGACUGUUGAAUAUGACCAUCCCUUUAGUCCGAUGGAUAUCAUUCCCAAUAGUGAAACCCGUCAAGCCCAGCUAUUCAGUCCAAUGGACACCAUGGCCAAUGAAGCUGGUCUAGGCCAACAUGAAUACAGUCCGAUGGAUACUAUAGCUAGUGAAGCUAGUCCGGGCCACCAGCGAUCCAGUCCGACAGAUUCUUUCGCUGGGAGUAAUGCACACGCCAGUCCCUUGAACCUCGUAGGGGAUGCGGACUCCGAAGAUGAGUCUUGGGGGAACUCAGACAUGUCAAUUGCAGAGCUUCCUGACCCAACAGAGCCCAUCACAGAAGAUCUGGGCAAUAUUCGCCGUGAGUACGGCCGAACGAACUUGGAGACGCCUGUUAUCGGAGCUACGGAACAUCACUUUUUGGAUGAUGAAAACAUCCACUCUACCCCUUCUAAAAUGCCAUCACCUACACGCGAGCGAGCAAUCUUGUCAUCGAGAGCUUCUUCUCACCAUACCGCUAGCCCACAAUCGCGCACAUAUCCGACUCCGACCCCCACGUCUUCCCUGGCCGAUGAAGAAAAUCAAACCCGACAAGCCGACGUGGAUCAUCCCCCAAGGACAGAGACCCAUCAUGCUGAAACUGAUCCCGUUGAAGAUCCCGCGGACGAGUACGACGAAUUCGACACUAUCAUGGAAAGUGAAGGAUUCACUAUGAUUUCCCUUGAUACGCUCCCAUCAGCCAAGCAGCAUGGAUUCGGCUCCAGCGCUAUGACGAACGGCGGUCCCAAACCAAAGGAAGUCGGAGAACGGCUGAGACGCAAACUUCCCGGGACGAUUGAAGACCUCCGAGGUGAUUCUCGUGCUCAAAAGUCAUCCAGUCCAGUCACUACGGCCCUAGGUCCUGGGUUAUACGAAGAUCCUAGCACGCAUAUUCCAGAAAGCCACACUGUACAUGCGACUGAGCGGCAGUCUGUUAACUAUGUGGAUGAGAUUGCCUACCCUGAACUCCCUGCCGCAUCGUCUCCUGCUAAACCAACAAUCGCUCCGAAGAAGAGGACAUUGACCAGCUUAGCUAAGCUUGUUCGUCUUAGCUUAGCCCUGCAAGGUCCCUUUAGGCCCCAAGGCGAUGAGUGGUCAGGUAAGAGUAAUGCUCGUCACAAAAGACGUCGGUUGGAGGAUGUUUUCAGCACAUUCAACGCUGAAACGCAGCGAGAACUCCGAGCUGCUAUGGGGCUAGGGCAGGAGCUUGCUCUGCGUCGAAUGCUCGCCGAGGAAGAUGAUGCUGCGGCUAUAGCAGCAGAUCAUGCGGCGUCUCGUCUCGAGGAGGAACGUCUCGAAGAGGAAGAGGAAGAACGCCACUAUAACGAUUUCAAUGAGGAAGAAUCAGAAGAGCAGGAGCAUGAUCAACCCUUUGAAGACGAAAUCGAGACGCGGGAAGGAUACACCCAACCGUCACAUUCCAAGCACAAUACCUCCUUGCAACAAAGCCCAAUGUCCCACCAGAAGGCACAGCGGGAGGCACAAUGGCAGCUUGAACGAGAAGCAGUCAGCCGCCAGGCUCAAAUGGCUUCGAACUCACGGUCGGUCGUUUAUAUUGAUAGCGAUGAAAACGCGGCGGAAGAUGACGGGGAUAUCGGACUUGAAUAUGAACAAAGAUUUGAAUCUGAGACCGGAAAUGGGUUUGAUGAAGAGCCCAAUCAUUCUGCGCCUGGACCCGUACCAGAACGAGCGCCAUAUGUGCCCCGAGAUGUUGAACCCGAGCCCGAGCCCUUAGAAGAUGAGGAUGAUGGUUAUGAUGACAUUUGGCAACUCGAAGCCAACGACCACAGCCAUAUUUCACAACAUUCCGAGGAUGAUGAUGAUGUUCAGUCUCAUCCGCAGCCGCUUGCACAUCCUUUGGGCAACCUUGCUCCAAUUUCCGCCGGUCAAGGUCAAGACUACCUCAGCUCAUCUCCUUACGCUACUUCAGAGCAUGAUUAUGUAGCGCGCUUCGGGCCGUCCAAAGUUCGCGAGCUCCGUGAACAAAAGGUCGAUUUGUCUGCUUUGCUUGCAGAAGAGGAUACACCAAACCGCGCACGGUAUUACAAUGGAACGAGUACGCCUCGUAGUUUACUCGUCCGCCCAUCAGGAACACAGAAUUCACCAAUCAAGAACUCUGUCAUGAAGGACCCGGUAUCGCGCACCCCAGCGCGUAUUCGUUUACAACCUCUCUCCCAGUCCAGCCCCGAUAAUCCCAACCCAAGGGUUCCCAGUCCGCAAAUCGCGUUCCUCGAUGAGAAGAAAUCUCCGGAGGCUGUACAAAGAAGCCCGCCUACGCAAGAGCCAUUGGAAGAAGACUAUGACAUUAGCAGCGUUUUCAAUGCUGCUCCCAGUCAAUCGGAACCUGCCAACGUGGAUUCUGCCUUCACCCCACAACCUCGUCAGCGCAAUAGGGAGGAACCAGGUUCAUCCUGGUUCAGUAAAAUCACCAGUUUCACCCCGCAAUGGCUGAAAGCCCCCGCUCGUGGCCGAAGCUCAAGUGUAAGUACUAUUCCGGAGGAAGCCUCUGACUUUGAGGAUGAAGAGGAAAUGGCCAGCAUUGAAUCUGCGAAGGAGCUUGACGGACAUCUCCAGGAUGAACCGCUCUCAAAGCAAGCGAGCCAAUCACCCGCGGGUCAUUGGAGACAGCCAUCACCACCUCAGUCCCCCCAGAUACGGCAAGAUCCUCUUCCCACAAUGGAAGAAGAGGAUGACCCGAUACAUGAGAGAAGUGUUUCUCGAGACCUCUUGGAAGAAGAGGAGGUACCGAUUUCUGAGCGGAGUGUCUCGCAAGAUCUCUUGGAGAAUGAAGAUGCAGAGCCAGUGAACCACCAGGAUGGGGCAUCUCCAGGGCCACGACCACUUGCUAUUUUCGGAUACUUUUCCGAUGAGCAUUACGCCGUGCUUCGUCGUAUCUACCGAGUUGCCAAGCGAUACCCCGAGCACUUCGAAUACUACGAUGCCCCGGGGCGGGCUGCCAUUAUCGGUGAUUGGAUAUGGACCUCCGAUGGUCAUCACGGGGUGCCCAUCACCGAGAUUCAAUUUGCCAUCAUCGAUCGCUUUGCCCAGGAACUUGCUCGGGCUGAUAUCCAAUAUGGUGGCAGCGGCCAGAUCGAUUGGACGGAAGCCGAUCUGCAUCGGAGACUCAUUAGCAUCAUUAUUGGCGAGCAGAUCCGAGAGGAAAGAAAGGCCAAGGCCAACCGGGGUACUUCAGUGGAUACAUGGCGAUGA